AUGCGGACCCGGAGUCCAUGGCCACUCAAAAGCGUGCGAUCCUUCCACGCUGCCAACCCGGUGGUACGCGAUGCGCUAGUACCCAUAGUCGUGGAGCAGACAGCGCGAGGCGAAAGAAGCUAUGACAUUUACUCUCGCCUCUUGAGGGAACGAGUCAUAUUUCUGGGUCCUGUACGUGUCUCUGACAUGCCAUCCACGCUAAUCACUGCUCAACUGCUGUUUUUGGAAGCGGAAGACUCGCGCAAACCCAUCAAGCUGUACAUCAACUCGCCCGGCGGAUCGGUCACGGCGGGUCUGGCUAUUUACGAUACCAUGCAGUAUAUCGCGUCGCCGGUGCAUACUUUCUGCCUGGGUCAGGCUGCCAGUAUGGGUAGUUUGCUGUUGGCGGGAGGGGAGAAGGGACAUCGAUACGCGCUGAGGCAUAGCAGUGUCAUGAUACAUCAACCGAGCGGGGGCGCAUCCGGUCAGGCGUCGGAUAUCGCUCUGCACGCCAAGGAGAUUCUCAGAAUGCGGUCGGUCUUGACGGAUAUUUAUGCGGAUCACUGCGGAGGGGAGGGGGAGAGUAGGGAGGCAACGCGAGGGAGGUUUGAAGCGGCAUUGGAGAGGGAUUAUUUUAUGACGGCGAGGGAGGCGGUGGAGUUUGGGUUGGUGGAUGAGGUUGUGCAGAGGCGGGAGGUGUGA